CAGACCCCUGACACCGACUCAAUUGUUUCAAAUGAGAUUGGGUAGACAUUCAGGCUGACAGAAGUAGAGCUGUCCAAAUUCACUUUGUUUCCAUGGAACAAAAUUAUGGGCUUUGUGAAAGGCAGGCUAUUUCAUCAUUGUUUCCCCCCAAAUGGUGCCCUCUUUCCUGAGUGACAACACUGAAAACGGCAGCGGGGACGGAGGGUGCCCCCCUUUGCCUGGAGCAGAUGGCGGCACGGUGGAGGGGAUGCUGCCGUCACACGCGUUCGCUUUGUGAAUGCGCCGUGCGGGGACCGAGGGUGGACCAAAUGCCAUAUGCUAUCGCUAAUCCCCAAACAUUUACCCAGAGUUUUUAUUAUUAUUGAUAUUUUGCCGUGCAAACAGGGAUUGCUCAGCGCUUAUUAGCUCUGAACUUUGGACAAUGUGCCCAUGGCACCUUGUGAAGAAACUUCCGUUGUUACACAAAAGGCUCUCAUUGGCGUAUUGAGGGCAAAAAUAGGUUCCUGUUGGGUGAAAAUACUUCUCUUUUAAGGUACGCCUGUUUGAUUCACUAGUCUGUCAGGCAUUAUAUUCAUAAGCAGACUGGCUAAACGUGUGAUGUUUUCAAGCAUUAUGUCAUGGUGUUUGCAGUGCUAGGAAAAGUUCACCUUGUCAUCUCUAGGGAAUUACUUUAUCAUGUAUAGCAAGUAAAAUGGCACUAAAAACUUUGCCUUCAAUAACACCAGUGAGCUUAUGUGUUGUGCAUUUGCAUUCUAGGCCUCAGAAAGUAUGAAAAUGUCCAACACCCAGACAGGCUAUUCAGGUUAUUUUGGCAAGCUCUAUCUACUAUCUGGAAAUAUACAGUCAAAUUAAAGCUGAUCUCAGAGACAGAACCCACUUCAUUAUUUAACCAGUUUCAUCGUUAUAGCUGAACCAGUUUAACCUGGAGAGUUUUAGUAAGUCAAAGAAAGCUGGAUAUUGUGCAGAAUGGCAGCACUCUGAGAUCAGGAUUAGGUGGCUCAUCCUCAGAGGACAUUGAGUGAGUAUCUCAUAAACAUAAACAUUAUGCUCCCUGAUUUUCAAACGUGUGAAUAGAAGCUAUAUGUCUAACGCCACCCUAAGUCUGCCUAAAGUGCUGUGGAGAACCAAUAGUCUCCUUAGAAGGCGAUUGUCAUCGAUAACCGUAUUCAAAUUCUCACAACCACACAAACAUAUCCAAGCUGUCUGAUUAACAGAAUAACCUUAGCAUUGCCUCCGUCAUGAGAAUUCACGCCUCAGAUACUUCGCACACACCUUUGUUUGUCACGUUGUGACAUGCCUCGGUGUAGUCAUGGCUCUGCGCGUUCAAACUGUCUGCAGAGGGAUUUGUCCUCUGGUGGCCUCUGACCUGUGUGGACAGAGCAGCUUGCUGACAGGAGCAUGUCGGUACGCGACUGUUAGAAGCUCACUCCUUUGUCUCACCCUCUGCCUGCAUUACAGAGAUAAAUGGGAUGGGAAUCUUGAAGUGCCAGUAGUGAAGAGCAAACCAAGGUCAUAAUCAGGCUGACAAUGUGUAAUGCGUGUGUUUGGCAACUGUUGACUGCACGCAAAGGCACUGUAUAUACCAUGAAGCCUGUCACAAAAAAACAAAACAAAACUGAGGCACAGAUAUGGCCUAUUAUGACCAGACAGUCAUUGCCUGCAUUCCUUCGGUUCCCUUUUGUGUCUGUAAUGCUAGCUACAGACGUUCCAUGGCUCUAAGAAUACUCACACCAAGCCAGCAAAUCAGAACACUUACAGCUUCAAGCCCUAUCAGAACUUUCUAUGAGGUACACCGAGCUGAUUAGUGCAGCAUAUUCACUAGCUGUGGCAGGGGGAGCGCACUUCUUGAAAAGCAGGAGCUGUUUAACGUAUGUUCAGACAGGUGUUUGCGAGCUGCGAUUACCCAGUCUCCACUCCAACCUCUCAGGAUGCCUGUGCGGCCUGGGGCUACAGAGUUCAGACAAGUACUGCGAGAUGACGUCGGACAACAUUUACCACCUCCCCCUCAAUGUGUAUGUCAUCGUCCUGGGCAUCGGCCUCUUCAUCUUCAUGCUGAGCAUGAUAUUCUGCUGCUACCUGUUCAGGUUAAGACGACAGGGGACAAGGGAGCAAUACGGCUACAAUGAAGUGGUUCUAAAAGGAGCUGGAAAAAAACUAAGCCUUCUGGGACAGACAUGUGCAGUAUGCCUGGAGGAGUUCCGAACCAGAGACGAGCUCGGGGUGUGUCCCUGCUCUCACGCAUUUCAUAAGAAAUGCCUGGUAAAGUGGCUGGAGAUCCGCAGCGUCUGCCCCAUGUGCAACAAGCCCAUCUGCAGGCUGCAGCCCGACGCCCCCCAGGGCGCUGAGGGGCCCCAGGACCCAGAGGAGGUGUGAGGCGAGAGGCUCACUGCCUGGCAGCCAUCUUGUGGAACUCAAACCGUGUCACGGGAGGACAAAUUCCAGACCAAGGAACCCAAUAUACUCCCCUACCCCUAUAUCUUUCAGAGGAAUUUCACAUACCCAACGCAUGACACGAAGAACUUGGGGCUGUACUUGUUUGACUUUACCCGUCAAGGCUUACCUGGAAAACACUGAGACAGACUUGGCGCGUAACAUCGAUUAAAAACUGACUUGGAUGUUUCUUCUGCAUGGGGACACUCUGUAUACCUACUCAAAGACUUGACGAUGGCAGAUCUUAACUCUUGGAUGAUCCUUCCCAGUGCCAAUUAAAGGGAGUAUGUAAAGAGAAGUAACUGGCUUCAAUAUCCCCCCCUAUCAAUGAAUAACUUAAUGGAGAUAGACUGAGUUACCUCUUUCUAGUCAUUUUGUAUUGUUACUUAAUUUCAAAUAAAGUGUAAAGUUUUGGUGGUACAAACCACUUCCUACUUUACUUUCAAGAUGCACCUAAACAUGCGGUACGUUUGACAACAGAGCAACCCCAGCAAUGACACGUCCCUUGCUCUGAAGUCUCUAAAGCACUGUAAAUAAACCAACUUGUGUGAAAUCCACAUAACAGAUAAAACAAAGCCACGAGCAAGCGUGUAUCCUUAACACGGACUACUGAAGACCGCUGACACCCAUGAAGUUUUUCCAAUGCUUAAUUCACAUGGCCUUCUUUUGAGCUAUUACACAAAUUAAGGUUAAAUAACAGAUUAUGUGUGACUCACACAUUCAACAAAACAUGCUGAUACUAUUACGCUUGUCAAAAUCUGCAGCGGAGGCCAAUUCUGCUGUUUGUGACCUGGUAGUUAUUUCCUAGCCCAACAACUGAGUCUUCUAUAAAAAGCAGUUACAUAAGGGGAGUUCAGUAAAACUCAAAAUAGCAGCUAAUUCAGUGUGUCAAUGGAUGUCUUGUGAUAUUUGUUUCCUUUACAGUGGAUAACACUCAAAGGUAUUGGGUUGUUUUUU